AUGCGCGCCUUGAUCAGCUGCCCCUGUCGCCUAGCUUUUCGCGUUAAGCGACCUUACAGUGCCUCGGCCGUUUAUUUCCAAAGCUCACGUUCUUUUGUCGCCUGCGCCGAUGAGACAGUUCUACUGCCAAUCGGUAACAAUGGGGUCAUAAACCUUAGGAUCACUCGCCCGUCUCUGCCGAGUCAGAAUACACAGGCUACGCUUGGUAAUCCCGCGCCUAAUGUCAUUCUCUAUCUUCCCCCGGGGCCUUUGUUCCGCGUAGGGGGUGUGCAUUCUGCUCCCGAUUCUGCGUGUGCCGUGCAAACCCGAGAAAAUGAAGCCUGUCUCACCAAAGAACUGUCGCCUCAGCAUGUAUUGGCCUCAAUUACUGCUGCUACUGUGGUGACUGUCGAGUACCGCCUUGGUAAUAUAGGCGAAAAAGAAUGCACAAAGCUCAAUAUCAAGCUCAAGAUGCCCAUCUCCCGGCUCGCCCCAACUCCCGAGAUGGGAUCGAGCUUUUAUCAAUAUCCGACUCCUGUCCAUGACACGAUCGCGGGAUUCGAUUGGAUUCAAGAAAGCCUCCGGCCUGCACAGCUGGGGGUAUUCGGUUCGCACAUCGGCGGCUCUCUCGCAUUGAUGCUGGCACUCACUGAGGCACAGAAAGUCAAGGCUGUUGCUUCUGUAUCCCCCAUAUGCGAUUGGCCAGGGCUGGAUGAAUACUGCAUCAGAAACCCCGAGACUUUCGAUGGACCAAGAAAGAACUCGAGAAAGAAGUCAUCGAAAGCGGUCGCUCUGCCUGAUCUUGUCCCCCUACUUGAGGCACGGAAAGAGUUGUUUUCGUCGUUCGAGCGGUGCUUUGACGCAUUUGCGUCUCCUGUUUUAUUUCUCCGUUCUGCGGGCCGAGAUGUACCGAAAGCAUUCCCACAGUAUCUUACGGGACCAGGGCAUCCGAUCCCGGUACUCCAAGAGACGCGAGUAGCAUCAUCGGAGCGACAUGCGGGUGUUGAUCCCUUCAACUGGGACAGUAAUAUCUGCCCAGCCGAGGAAGAGGGUAUCGAGAAUGAGCUCCCCACUCGCCGUCGCAAGGCUCUCUCGCGCUGGCCUCCUUACGGUCUCGACUAUGGCUCGAGUGGGAAUACUUGGUCUCAGCCAGGGUAUGGAGUUCGUCGGUUGGAAAUCACUCUUCCCUGGGUGAAAGUUAUCUCGGAGAACAAUAGGUCUUUGCCGCGAAACUCGGAAAAAUCAACUCAGUCGACUGUCCUUGCUCAACAAAGCGAGGAAAUGGUAUCUGUCCUCCGGCGAGCAUGUUUCUUUGGCCGGGAGAAAGGGUAUGGCGAACAUAGAGUCACUUUAUCUCACGCGAAUGAAGACCCCGAGCAAGAAGCAGCUCAUUGGUUUGGAAACAUUUUCAAUGGGACCUUGAAGGAUGACUAG